CAACGGAUGCCUCACCUGAGAACUCUAGAGGUAUCUGUAACGUGUGUCUCCACGGCCUAAACAAACUUUUCUUAAAUGAUGAUACAGACAUGAUGUAGUUAGAAAAUACAAUUUAAAAGGAACAACAGCACAGCGACAUCCUACAGUAUAAUGACAUACCAGUUUUUCAUACCUAACUAAGGUAAAGGUCAAGGUUUACCACACAAAGGAACAGUAAAGCACACGCUCUGUGGCGAUGGAUAAGUUGCAGCAGAAGGCUGUGGAGCAACCUAAGCAGAAGAAAUCUAAGUCGGCUGAAUUUCUGAUGGCAGAAGGAGAGGAGAAGGUAGAUGUGAUGAAGGGCACAGUCAAUCCUGCAUUUCAGGAGGAAAUUGAGGUAGAGAGCAAGAUGAGCCUUUGCAGGGACGAUAGCACCCUUGCAGCUCAGCAACAGAAAAUGGAGCUGCAGGCCGCUGCUACAAUAAAAGGAAAUGAAGGUGCCCGAAAUUACUUUGACCCCUCGUCGGCGAUGGAGGGUGACCCAAGGCGGUGCAGGAUGGCUGGGGUCGGAGGCAGAGAUGAGCUGGAAUUAAGCGUUAUGAAUGAAGAUGAGAAAAAUCUUUAUGAGAAACUUUCAAAAAUGCUUCAAGAAGAAGACACUUCCACCAUGAUUGAUUUACCAGGUACAGUGAUGUCUGUGCAUGAGGUUGAACCAUCGAGUGGAUUGAAGAAUCGAUCGAGCACAGAACAGCAGGAGAAGAGAACGGCGGUCAUGCCUCACUACAUUGAUCAGCUUAGAAAGAAUGUGCAGAAAGACAUGAUUUCAGUAGGCAGACCUGUGCUGGAACAGAUCAGGCACAUAGAUAAGAAGGAGGCAGUUCUUCAGGAAAAACUCUACAAUGUUUUCCAACGGACAGCAGUAAAUGUUCUGAGUCAGCGACAAACAGAAGUCAUCGACCAAUACGGUGAGAUUAUAGAAGUGUCAGAAAGCACAGAGCCAGCAGGCAUCAGAACUGACCAGCACUGUCAGGUGGAAUGGACCAGGACUCCACAGGCCAUUGAAGUGCGUGUUCUGUGUCUAAGGGCCGUGAGAGACAAGCUGCCCAAAGGUCUGUACUCACUGAAUGUGUCUCUCCAGACUGAGCUGGGUGGCUGCACGCUGCGGUGGUCUCGUUUACAGGAGCAGCAGUGGUCUGGAAGCACAGAACCCGUGAAACACGAGGGCCGAUACUGUGACACAGAGCUCAACAUUAACCAGAGCCUCUACAUGGUUUUACCAGCGUCGUGUGACCUGCUGCCAUCCAACGUGUUAUUAUUCAGACUGUCGCUGCUGCCGAGCGACCACAGUCAUGUGAGUUGUGUGGUGAGUUGGGGUGUGUUUCCUGUAUGUGACUGCUCCCUAAAUGUCCUCAACGGGAAGUUCAAGUCCCCUCUGCUGCGUGGUGGGCCGGACCCAUCUCUCAAACAGUUCAGCGAAAUUGAACAUCUGCUUACCACUGACCUGGACAACUGGAUGUGCAACCUUUACUUUAAGGUAAAGAGACUCCCGCAGGGUUGCACUGGGGUGCCAGAGCGCAGCUUCACCCCGCAGGUCUCUUCUCAACCCCAGCAGAGCUCCAGCCAAGGGCUUCCUCCCCACCAGGACACCUCAGCACCCUCCUCUGCCUCUCUGCCAGGUAAGAAAGCUGGAGCUACGUCAGCCUUAGAGUCCAUGGACCAGACAAAACACCCCAACACUAACAAAACCAAGACUGGAAUUCACAGCAAGAGUGGCAGACAGAAGAAGAUGUUCGGGAGGAACAUUGAGAUGCUCAAAGCCCUCGCUGAAAAUCAGCUGGAUCAAUUUUCUUUCUCCGUGCGAUCUCAGGACGAUGGUCAGCGCUGCCUGGCUCCAGUGUGCUGUGGGACAGCUGAGAAGAUGCGUCUGGUGAGGCGUCUCCUCCCAACAAUGCUCGAUCUGUCCUGGCGUCCUCGAAUGUCCCAGGUCAGCCUGAAUCUUCUGCUGUUUACCGUCAUGUGGUUCCCACGUCUGUACCUGCAUUACUGCGGUCAAUGGCUCUACCUGCAGACCAAACACAUCCCUAUCAACAGGUUUAGGAUGGGUGCACACACGGUGGAUCUGGUCUAUCAGGGCUCGCUGUUAUCUACCCUGGAGGAGGUUCUGCUGGUGCUGUUGGGACCCUUGACCUUGAGCGUAGCUGUGCUGCUGCUGCUCCUGAUCAGAUGGGGCUGUCAGCUAGCGUUUGGCUCAUCGCCUUCCUUCCUGUCAAAGUUUAUCAUGGCUGCGGCAGUGUGGACAGUGCUGGACCCUCUGGCAGUCUUCGCUGUGGACGUCGUCCUGGGGCGUCUUUCCUACAGCGCUGAUGAUCCUUUGGCGGAUGCUGCCAAGCUCUACUGGCAUUUUUAUCGAACAGAGCAGUCGGGCACAGCGGGCAUCGUCAUCACCCUCUUCCUCUACGCCGUCCAUUCCAUCCUGUCAUUCACCAUUCUCUACAUUUACAUCCUCAGAUUUCACAAUGAUGGAAGACUGUUGGAUAUCUACCAUCGCCUCCACAGUGCUGAGGGAGCGUUCUUCAUUCCACACGACAUGGAGGUCUCUAACCAGGAGCUCAGUUACAUUGUAAAGAAGGCAGAACAGUGGAGAGGCUUCAGUGGAGAGAGACGCAAGGUGGCAGUGCAUGAUUACAUCUGGACAGAGGAGGAGCCAGCUGCAGGAUUGACACCGCAUGCACCUGUAACAGGGUGCGAGACCAGCACUCAUCUGUCCAUCUACACCCUUCACCCGAGCGGCCUACGCCAGCAUUACAGGCACUUCCUGCGACAGCCUGAUGGAUCCAUUAUAGAGGUGAUGGAGAACUUUGAUAUCCCAGUGCUUCAGAGGUCAGAGGUGCAUGAAGAACACGAGAAGAUGAAGAGUGCAACACAUCUCAGAGAGAGGAAGAGGAGGAGAGCUGUCUGGCGUUCACACAGGGUUGAGCCUCUUGGAGGAAGUGUCUUUGACUCCAGCACUCCGGUAAAGAGCCCAGCUGAUAACUGUAAAUAACCGCAAAUAAUAGCGUUUAUUCAUCUACACUGUAAAAAAAAAUCUGGAGAAAUUGCAGCUGGGUAGAUUUAAAUUUAUGUUAUUUACUGUUUUACAAACACACAUUUACAAGUCUUUGUCUUUACAGAGUAAAACUAAAAAAACAGCAUCAAGCAAAACAUUCUGGGAAACAAAAUCUGAAGCAAAAAACAGAAAAAGUUUGAUGAUGAUUUCUGGUUCCCAGAAUGCUUUGCAUGAGGCUGUUAUUGUAUAGUUAUUGUAUUGUUAAUGUUUAAAGUUUAUUUAACUUUGAACAAACUCUUGCCAGUAAAUAACAUAAAUGUAAAUCUACGGUAAAUUACUGGCAACCCAGCUGCAAUAACAUUGUAAUUUCUACUGAAUUUUUUUACAGUGAAGUUGUUUUUUUAUCCCACAAACACUCUAUAAUGGAAGACAAAACUGAGUACUUGACUGAAAAAAUACACGAAAAACAAACCAAAGCCUAGUUUAUACUGUAUACAUUUAUCACACUUGAACAUCUGUGGAUUGUUUAAAAUAAAGAAAUUGACGGUAUUACUCUCGCAACCAUGUAUUGCGAAAUUAUGUACCUGUAGUCAUGUAAAUUUGUGAGUCUUUUCCGUGGCACUGACACGCUUUUCCGCCUUUUUGUGUAAACAUGUCACACAUUUCUGUUUACGUGUCACGUAUUUGUUACUCAACUGUUUUGUCCUAUUUUCAAAACAUUGACGCUUCGGUUUAGGGUUAGAUUUGGUGUUUUUCGUUAGGAAGUCACUUUAAGUAUUGGUUUAUACCUUUUUUUUUUACCUUUUCAUGAUUUAUUUUUUAUAUUU